AUUUGUCACAUGCCAAAAAAUAGGCGCCAUUAAAAAAAUGAGUGUUUGGUCGUUGUUUACGACUUUAAAUUGAGAAAAAGUAAUUAACAAACCUUUUAAAUAGAAUAAUUCGUAGCGGUAAUUGCACUUCACAUCUAGUAACUAGGUGUCUAAUUUAAAUAUAAAAUAAUAUGAAGAAACUCAAUUUUAAAGUAGGCGACAAAGUUUUCGCCAAAGUUAAAGGAUAUCCCCCAUGGCCCGCACGCAUUGUCGGAGAAAAUGGAAAGAAAUAUAAUGUAGAAUUUUAUGGCACUGGUGAAACGGGCUCUAUUAAGAGUGAGGAUCUUUUUUAUUAUUUGAAAAAUAAGGAAAAAUUCCAAAAGCCGCUAAAACGUAAAGAUUAUAUCGAUGCUUUUGAACAAAUAAAUGAAGCUUGUAAAAUCGAUGGUGGAGAUGGCGAUGAUUCAUCAGACAAAAAUGAUGAAUCAGAGAAUACAUCAACUCUCAAUACUACAAAUGAAAAAUCCGAGAAAAAAAUGCUCGCUAAAAGAAAAAGAUCUCUUCUCGAUGAAAAUGUAGCUGAAACAAGUACUCCCAAAAAGAAAUCGACUCGACUGUCAAGAGCUAGUGAAGAAAAUAAAAAAAUUGAGCUCACAGAAGAAUUGGAAGAGGCUGAAAAAUCCAUAUCUAAAAAGUCUCCAAAAUCGAAAUCACCUAAAACUAAAGAAGAAAAGAAAGAGCAAAACUUAGAUGGAAAUACUAAAUCUGAAGAUGUAAAAGAAGAUAAAGUUGAACCACAGAUAGAGAAGGAAAUUAAAAAAGAAGAGAUUGAAGAAGUUCCUAAAAGUGAUGAUAAACAUGAUGAGACUGAAGAAUUGAAAGAACAAACUCCUGAGGUGAAAGAUUCCAAAUUAGAAAUAGUUGCUGAGAAAGUCCUGCGAUAUAAUUUAGCUUAUGCAAAUCAUGUGAAGCAAGCGGAAUCUUAUUAUAAAGGUAUUCCUAUGGAACCAAGAGAUAAUCACCCAAAUCAAGUAUUGGCCGUAAAAUUUCCGUCUGGUGCGAUGGGGGCAAUAAAACUUCAUUUAAAAUGGCCGUUAUCGUUUGAAAACGAAUAUGAAUGCGCCAUUUAUGACGAAACAGUGGCUAAUAGAGUUUUAGAAACUAAAAAGAAGAUUGAGUCAGGAGAUGACAGUAAAAUCGUUGAUAAUGCUGAGAUAAUCAUUCCAAAUAUCGAAAGAACAGAAGAUGAAAUCAAACAAUCACUUUAUAUGAAAGAUAUUGAAGCUAAAAAGGUUAGAAUAGAGAGGUUAAAUUUGGAAGCUGAUUUACUUGGCCUUGACGUUAAGAUUAAAAAUUGCUUGGGUUUGGAUAAGGCUGAUCCUAAAGAAGCCAUUCGUUACUUAGAAGAAAUGUGUGAACUUAAUUUUGAUGAUAUUGUACUGAAAAAACACCUUCAUAUAGUAGAGAUGGUUAGAAGAUUGCGAAAAUACGUUGGUAAUACUAUGGAAUGGAACAUGAACGAUGAAUCACUAAAUGAAUUUACCAAACAAGCAGAAACUAUCAGAGAAAUGGCUGAAAAAGUAUAUGCAAAGUUUCAAAACACUGUUAAAUUACCUGAAAAUUCAUCGGGAUUUUUCGAAGGAUUUACAGAACUUGUCAAUCAAUUUAGAGCUGAUUGCAAGGAAUUAGAAUUGACUGAAACUGAAAUAUUCAUCUUAUGUGCUGAACCACGAUCUCGUAUAGCAUUUCUUAAUCGCCUGGAAGAAAAAGAAAACGAAAAGGAAAAUACCGAAGACUCUAAUAUUACUUCAGAGGAACAAGAAAAAGUAGUAAAUGGAACUACUGAAGUAGCAGAUAAAACUAGUUAGAAUUACAUUUUGCAGUUUUGUAUAUAAUAAGAAAAUAUCUAUUUUUUCGAUACAAGAAAUAUUACUUUUGAAAAAACUUUGAAAAUUGUAAAUACAUAUUCAUUUUCUAUUUGCUGACAUGAUCCCAAAUGUUCAUAUUUUUAAUAAAGAGUAUUAAAACAAGUAAAA